UAAUAGCACAGACUAGUAAUCUGUGAUAAUAGUUUAGAUUCAGCAUUUUUUAAGCGAAUUAAUUCUUGUUUCUAAUAUAUAAUUUGAAUUGAAUUAAAGAUGUCAUAAAGGAUUUUUCUCCCAACUCUGACAUUGAUGCCAAUAAUAAAUAGAACAACUACUACCGAAAUAUUCCUGCCAGAUGGCCCUGAAAAGGUCUCUCAUUGAAUGAGGUACUGCUAGAAAUGUGGAAUUCCCUGAUUGGAAAAUUACCAACUACUCGCAAUUUUCCAAAAAUCAUGACUAUGCGAAGAAAUGUUGAAGGGUAUCUGGCUGAAGCUUGUGCUGUGAAGUUAUUGAAGUCUGGUGGAGUUAUUGCAUUACCAACAGAUACAAUAUAUGGUAUUGCAUGUGAUGCAACAAAUGUUGAGGCAAUAGAAAAUUUAUAUCAUAUAAAAUGUAGAGAUGAAAAUAAGCCUUUAGCUAUAUGUUUGGGAGAUAUUGAAGAUGUUAAAAAAUGGGCAAUUGUAGAUCAUCUUCCAUCAGGAUUACUUCAAAAAUUAUUACCUGGACCAGUUACUCUAAUUUUUCAAACUGUCAACCAAUAUUUAGAUAAAUCUUUGAUGUGCUAUGGUAAAGUUGGUAUAAGAAUACCAAAUUAUAAUUUCAUUAGAACAAUUGCUAAUGAAUUAGGAAAGCCAUUGGCAUUGACAAGUGCCAAUUUAAGUUCUAAACCUAGUUCUGUAAAAAUAGAAGAGUUUCAAGUGAUAUGGGACAAACUCGAUGGUAUUUUUGAUGGGGGAGACUUGAGUAAAUAUUCCAUUAGCAGGAGCGGGUCAACAAUUGUAGAUUUGUCAAUUAAAGGUGUUUAUACUGUAGUGAGAACAGGUAUGGCUAUAGAAAAUACUUGUUCUAUUCUGGAUUCUUUCGAAUUGAGAAAACUCGAAAAAGAUAGCAUGGGGAUAUGAUGGAUGUGAAGAUGAGUUGAUAACGAGCAAUAUAUUGCAGCUGAGGAAUCUAAGAGAUUGGUUGAGAGAGCAGUUUAGAACAACUGCUUUGAAAAUGAGAAUAGAAGGGAUGAUUGACAACAUCCAUUGUGGAGAUAACACUUCAAAUAAAUAUAAUGUUCAAAUUCGAGAAUGUAUAUGAUGACUGAUUUAUUAUAGGAGUAACAAAAGUUCCUGAAAUUUU